ACACUAUUGAGUUCAUACACCGCACACAGUUUGAUAUUAUCAGGACAUUUUUUCGCGCUAUUAUAUAUCUAUUCCAUCCAUUUAAUCGCUCGGUUGGUUUGAGUGUGAAAGUUUUACUGUAUCAGCAAAAUAUGUCGAUCAAAUUAAAGUUAAACAUCACCGACGUAGAAACGAGUUUAACUGACAAACCAAAACUUCAUUACAUUCCGGCUACGAUCCGCGGCGACGGACCGGCUAAAGUGAAUCAAUAUUUUGAUACCUACACCGAAAAGCUGGAGGACAAAACGUUUGUGAAUGGUCUUCGGGGGUUUCCUUUGCGAGGUAAACAAAUGGAGCUGCCGACUGGUUACUGUGGAGUUAUUUUUCAGGAGACGCAAAAACCACUAUCAACCGAGGAAAACCGAAAUUUCACGUUUGCUGGAGCUUUUAAACAGUUUACCUACUGGAACUACGAUAAGAUUCCCUCGAAAAACGAUCCCCUUGUGAAGGCACUUAGUUGGAUGGAAUUAGCACAAGUUCUUCAUAAUCCACUUCCGUUACACGACGAGAACGGAUCGAUAGAGAAGGGAGAAUAAAACACUGACUGAAA